UCCUGGAAAUGGGUGUGUUUGUUCUUCAUGUACAUGGAGAACUCCGAUUCCCACCUCAAGUGGUGUUGAUUUAUGGAAAUGUUCACGUUGUACGACGUCCAGCUCCUUCCUCGGUGUUUGUUUACAAGUUCAUUGUAUGCCCACUGGCCACGAGCAUCUGUCUAUCGCUUGGAGUUUUCAUUUAAAAAAAAUCUAAACCGAAAAAACAAGCGUGAGCUUAAAAAAGUGUUGGGAUCCUCCUUGCACACUCAUGACCCCAACUGAUCUGAACAUCUACCCCAAAUUGACAUGAUCACACAUGAUCUGCGGUGGUGUUCUGGAGCCUCUCGGUCAAGAUCUCGCUCGUUCUCGCUCGUCCGUUGUGUUUUCCUGCUCGCUCCUCGCCGCCAGAGUCCAAAGAUCACGCUAGUGUUUGCUUUCUGAGUGAAACCGCCACGCUUUAUUGCUCCGUCCGACUUGUCUCUCCUCCUGACUCCACCCAGCCGCUGGUUCGAGUCCUCACUACACUCCUGCAUUCACACCUGCUUGGUCAAGCGUAGGUGUACGUGCGUGUUGAAUCGUGGGAGCUGCAGUUCACCUCCACACAGUGUCCCUGUGUGUCGUGGUGGCUUGGGCUUAAGCGAGGUUUCUUCAGGAGCCUGCAUGGGACGUCGGUGACUCGGCAUGCUGCCGGAUGCGUAGGAAGAAAGAUGGGCUCUGUGCUGUCACUGUGUGGUGUGAAGAGUAAGAAACAAAACGUACAGGAGGAGAGGCACUUGCGAGCAAACGACAGAGAAUUUAAUCUCUCCUUCGGAUAUGCUAACAACGCCAUCAAAACCUCUAAAUACAACAUCUUCACCUUUCUGCCGCUCAACCUGUUCGAGCAGUUCCAGCGUCUGGCCAACGCCUACUUCGUCUUCCUGCUCAUCUUACAGUUGAUCCCGGCGAUCUCGUCUCUGUCAUGGUUCACUACAGUGGUGCCGCUGCUCCUGGUGCUUUGCAUCACACUGGCCAAAGACGGUUCAGACGACAUCAACAGACACAGAAAUGACAGACAGGUGAACAAUCGCAAGGUCGACGUCCUCAUCGAUGGACAGCUGAGGACUGAAAAAUGGAUGAAUGUUCAAGUGGGCGACAUCAUUAAGCUGGAGAACAACCAGUUUGUCACUGCCGAUCUGCUCUUACUGUCCAGCAGCGAGCCUCUGAACCUCAUCUACAUCGAGACGGCUGAACUGGACGGUGAGACCAAUCUGAAGGUGAAACAGGCUCUGACAGUCACAGGAGAUAUGGGAGAUAACAUUGACAUUCUGGCAGCUUUUAAUGGUGAGGUGCGCUGCGAGGCUCCCAACAACCGUUUGGAUAAGUUUACAGGAACGUUGACUGUGCGAGGGGAAACGUUCUCUCUGGAUAACGAGAGGAUUCUGCUCCGAGGCUGCACCCUGCGCAACACAGACUGGUGUUUCGGCCUUGUGCUGUUCGGAGGUCCUGACACCAAGCUGAUGCAGAACUCUGGGAAAUCGGUAUUCAAGCGUACGAGCAUCGAUCACCUGAUGAACGUCCUGGUUCUGUUUAUUUUCGGCCUCUUGGGGGUUAUGUGCACCGCUCUGGCUAUCGGGAACUCGAUUUGGGAGCAUCAGGAGGGCACUUCGUUUAUAGCCUUCCUCCCUCGGCAGGACGGCGCUGACGCCAACUUGUCCAGUUUCCUGUCCUUCUGGUCCUACGUCAUCAUCCUUAACACAGUGGUGCCCAUUUCACUCUAUGUAAGCGUGGAGAUCCUGCGACUCGGAAACAGCUACUACAUUGACUGGGACAGGAAGAUGUACCAUGCUAAGAGCGAUACUCCCGCCCAGGCCAGAACCACAACGCUAAAUGAAGAGCUGGGCCAAAUCAAAUACAUCUUCUCCGACAAGACCGGCACCUUAACCCAGAACAUCAUGACCUUCAAUCGGUGCUCCAUCAAUGGGAAGUCGUACGGUGAAGUUGUGGAUUUUGCUGGACAGAGGGUAGAGAUCACUGAGAAAACUGAAAGCGUGGACUUUUCGUGGAACUCACUGGCUGACCCAAAGUUCUCUUUCUACGAUCAUGCCCUUGUGGAGGCGGUGAAGAUGGGAACUCCUCAGGUUCAGGCUUUCUUCAGACUACUUGCACUGUGCCACACUGUCAUGCCUGAGGAGAAGACAGAGGGUCAGCUGUUCUACCAGGCUCAGUCUCCUGAUGAAGGAGCUCUGGUCACUGCGGCGAGGAACUUUGGCUACGUGUUUCGCACUCGCACCCCCGAGACCAUCUCCGUUGUGGAGAUGGGGACCCACACCACGUACGAGCUGCUGGCCGUGCUGGACUUCAACAACGUCCGCAAGAGGAUGUCUGUAAUUGUGCGGAGUCCAGACGGCAGGCUCACUCUGUACUGUAAGGGGGCAGACACAAUCAUCUAUGAGAGGCUUCAUCAGUCCUGCUCCAAACUAAUGGAGGCCACCACCGAGCACCUCAAUGAGUUUGCUGGUGAAGGCUUGCGCACUCUGGCUCUGGCCUAUAAGGACUUGGAUGAAGCUGAAUUUGCCGUUUGGAGGCGGCGCCACCAUGAGGCCAGCACUGCAAUGGAGGACCGUGAGACUAAGCUAGAUGCCAUAUAUGAGGAGAUCGAGAAGGAUCUGAUGUUGAUCGGGGCGACUGCAGUGGAGGAUAAACUGCAGGAUGGAGUUCCUCAGACCAUCGAGCAGCUCUCCAAAGCCGACAUCAAGAUCUGGGUGCUCACAGGAGACAAACAAGAGACGGCGGAGAACAUCGGCUACUCCUGCAACAUGCUGCGUGAGGAGAUGACCGAGGUGUUCGUCAUCGCCGCCGACACGCCGGAGGAGGUUCGGAAGGAGCUCGUGAACGCCAGGAAAAAGAUGGCUCCGGGUGCCUCGGACGAGCCGCCCUACGUGAAGAGCGGGAUUAUGGGUAAAAAGGCUCCGGUGUUGCUGGAUGAGAAGGUGGAUGGAGAGUAUGGACUUGUCAUAAAUGGACACAGUCUGGCGUACGGUCUGCAGAAGGACCUGCAGGUGGAGCUGUUGCGCACGGCGUGUAUGUGUCAGGCGGUGAUCUGCUGCAGGGUCACCCCGCUGCAGAAAGCUCAGGUGGUGGAACUCGUCAAGAAGCACAAGAAAGCUGUGACCCUCGCCAUCGGAGACGGAGCCAACGACGUCAGCAUGAUCAAGGCGGCUCAUAUCGGAGUAGGGAUCAGUGGGCAGGAGGGCAUGCAGGCAGUUCUAUCCAGUGAUUUCUCCUUUGCUCAGUUCCGGUACCUGCAGCGCCUCCUGCUGGUCCAUGGCCGCUGGUCGUAUCUACGCAUGUGCAAGUUCCUACGCUACUUCUUCUAUAAGAACUUCAGCUUCACCUUCGUGCACUUCUGGUACGCCUUCUUCUGCGGCUUCUCUGCUCAGACGGUGUACGACGAGUGGUUUAUUACGCUUUAUAACCUGGUGUACACGGCCUUACCCGUCAUCGGCCUGAGCCUCUUCGAUCAGGAUGUUAACGACCGCUGGAGCCUCCAGUACCCGCAGCUGUAUGCACCGGGCCAGCAGAACAUGUACUUCAGUAUAACGGCGUUUUUUAAGAUCCUGCUGCAUAGCUGCUACAGCUCGCUCGUGCUCUUCUUCCUGCCGUACGCCGCCAUGCACGACACGGUGCGCGACGACGGCAGAGACAUCGCCGACUAUCAGUCGUUCGCUCUGCUCGCCCAGACCUGCCUGCUCUUCGCUGUCAACAUUCAUCUGGGUUUGGACACGUACUACUGGACGGCGGUGAAUCAGUUCUUCCUGUGGGGAAGUCUGUCUGUGUACUUUGCCGUCACAUUCACCAUGUACAGCAACGGCAUGUUCCUCAUCUUCACCUCCUCCUUCCCCUUCAUCGGCACUGCAAGGAAUUCCCUGAACCAGCCCAGUGUUUGGCUCACCAUCUUCCUCACCACCAUCCUGUGUGCGUUGCCCGUGCUGGGGUUCCGAUUCCUGCUCAACCAGCUCCGACCAACCAUUAAUGACAAGGUGCGUUACAAAAUCAGGCAAGCCAAAGCCGUGCUUCCUCCUCCCACUCGCCGGUUCCCACGGCGACGCAUCAGCACCCGUCGCUCCGGUUACGCCUUCUCACACGCUCGCGGUUAUGGCGACCUCGUGACCUCUGGCCGUUUCCUGCGCCGACCCGUGAAGAGCCGCCUGGCGCUUUACCCUUUAACGGAGUCCCCCGUAGCGGAGAGCUCUCCCCAAACGUAUCGCAACAUCACGUCCUCCUAACACACCUCAUUCGACACCAGGGGGCGCGCUUGCAAACUGUUUCGCACAUUAAAAAGGAGUCGCGCCAAGUCAUCGAGGGAGAUUCACGAGGAGAAAGAAAGAAACACACAGACGUUCACAAGCAACAAAUCCGUAAUAUCUAACAUUUCAGGAGUGUGUCCUUUAAUAUAAAUAAUGACACGCUACGGCGGUUUAUUCCAAACAAUACGUUUUCAUAUACUUUCAUCUCUUCCGUUUAUCUGUACAGGGUUUUUUUUUUUUUUCAUCUCAUCCUCUUUUUUUUUUUUUUUUUAAAUGUGCAACUGAUUUCUAAUAGAUUGGACAAAUUGUCAGAGUCUACACUCUUGGAGAGUAAAGAAAAGCAAUUCAAUGUUAAAAUUGAAGAUCAUUUGUGCCUUUAUAAUGCUCUUGUCAAGAUUUUUCAGGGGAAAUGAGCCAAAAAAAAAAAAAACAGGUGUUGUGAGGUUGUGAAUUCAAGCUGUGGAGAGAAAUUUCACAACUCCUGAGUGGUGCAGCAGAAAAUUCUUUAUUUGCUCUGGAGAUCAUGUGUUCUCUAAAGAUCCAACAGAGCCAAACUGACCAUGUUCUCUGGGUGAUCAUCAGCGAUCAUGGGUGUAUGCACAUGUGGAAGAGCGUGGAUAGAACUUUCCUCCAGUUGUACAGUUCAGUGCAUGCUUAAUCUGAUCUGGUUUAUUUUUUUCUCCUUCAUCUCAGAGUAUACAAGAUAUCAGUACGGCCCUGUCCUAAAUAUGUGCUUUUUUGGUUAUGCAUAGUGUGCUCGACCAGAGUAUACACUACUAACUAAAAUGCCGGUGCCAUUAAAUUUGUGAUGGUAUACCGUCCGUAUUCGUCAGUGUGAUUUUGAGAACAUCGUUUAGUCACGCACUUUGGAAGAGAACCUCAGGCACGAUUUGGGAUUAUCGUGAGUAGUGGAAGAAGACCUGCGAUGGGGCCAUUGUUUCAAAUUCUUUCAAAUUCUUUCCCACUGAAGCAACUCCAUUUUAACUUUAAACAUCUGCAAAGCCAAUGUCGAAUUUGUCUCUGAUGUAUUCAGAAUGAAAUGACGAUGUUUCUUCUCAUCACGUAACAUAAGCACUUGUAAAUGUUUCGGAGUUGUUGUUGUUGUUGUUGUUUUGUUUUGAUUUUUAAAUAAACUCAGAUUUCAUUGA